AUGUAUGAGCGUUUCCAGUGCAUCAAUUUUAUGAAAAAGGCUGCGGAAAUUUGCCAAGAGCAACGAGACUGCAUGUCCGGGCCUAACUCAGAAACACGACCAGCUAGGUGUUAUACGCCACCAGAAAGUGGUAACUGCCGAGCAUACAUUCCUACUUGGUAUUUUGAUCCGAAAUUUUCAAAGUGCAGAGUGUUCGUCUAUGGUGGUUGCGGUGGAAAUGAGAACCAGUUCCGCUCAGAAAAGGAGUGCCAGUCAUUGUGCCUACCAUCAUCGGAGCGGAGACGCGUCUGCAGCCCUAAGCCUAAACGUGGACUAUGCAACACCCAUUCGUAUUUCUGGUAUUUUCAUCCUGGUUCAACCACUUGCCGUCGGUACAGGCACGGCCUCUGUGAUCGAGGCUCAAACAAGUUCCUCUCGUGUGAAAGGUGUAUGGCUACUUGCACGAAUAUGGACUUCCGACAGAGGUGUCGCUCGCUUAUCCAGUCGCAACCCGGCCCAGGUGGACCAGAAUAGGCCACUACAUUCAGAUGCUAUUCUGAAUCUGCUACAAGGACUUUGUCGCGCGUAUUGCGAAAGCUUUGAAGGAACUUGAAACUGAAUCCUUGAAUACA